AUGGAAUUUCUUAAAGUAAAUAGCAGCCGAAAAGACUGAAAGCUGAAGAUCAAACAAAAUCGCCGAGAAGAAGGCAAUAAUUUAUUGAAUUCCCUUUCGCGAAAACAUUAUGAACGUAGCGCUUUAUUUAACCGAAGUUUUUCAAAGAUCGUUUUAAAAGAGAAACCUAUUAUAGAAGAAAAUUACAACAAAAAAACUCGUAGUUCUACAAAACUUCCAUCGGUCAAAAAAAGCAGGAAAAGACGGCUGAUUUUAGUGCAAAAGCAAGAAGUGACUUCUUUAUCACCGAAUAAAAAUGGGAGUUUAAGUCCCGUUUGGCGAGAUUCCCUGAUAAAUAGUAAAAAAUUGGAAAUUAGCUCAAGAAGCUUUAUUGAGCCGAUUUCUUAUCAAACAAGCGGUUCAGCUUUUCCAUCAAGAAGAGACACAACUAUAAAGCAAAAAUAUUUAAACUUUAAGCUAUCAUAUAGAAAAUCUCCACAAGAGAAAUCUGUUAGUAAUAAAAGUUUCUUGAUUCGGCGAUUUUCAAAAGAAGAGAAAUGCAGUAAGCUAACUAAGAAAAAAACAGACAAGCAAACUGUACUAUCAGAAAAUGACGAAUGCUCAUGCUAUGAUAGUGGAGAUGAGAUAUUUAAAAAUAUCUAUUAA